UUCGACCACGGCGGCGAGAUCCAAGUCCUCCUCGAGUUCAUGGACCACGGCUCCCUCGAAUCCGCCCACAUCCCCCUAGAAAAACCCCUCUCCGACCUCUCCCGCCACGUCCUCGCCGGACUGGCCUACCUCCACGCCCGCAAAAUCGUCCACCGCGACAUCAAACCCUCGAAUCUGCUGAUCAAUUCGGAUCGCCUCGUUAAAAUCGCCGAUUUCGGAGUGUCGCGGAUCCUCGCGCAGACGAUGGAUCCCUGCAAUUCCUCCGUCGGCACGAUCGCCUACAUGAGCCCCGAGCGGAUCAACACCGAUCUGAACCACGGCCGGUACGACGGCUACGCCGGCGACAUCUGGAGCUUGGGGGUUAGCAUUCUGGAAUUCUAUUUGGGGAAAUUCCCCUUCGCCGUCGGCCGGCAGGGCGACUGGGCGAGCCUGAUGUGCGCGAUCUGUAUGUCGCAGCCGCCGGAGGCGCCGGCCUCCGCCAGCCGCGAAUUUAGGGAUUUCAUCUCCUGCUGCCUGCAGAGGGACCCGGCCAAGCGCCUCUCCGCGGCGCAGCUGCUCAAGCAUCCCUUCAUCGCCUCCCCCGGGGCCGGGGCCGGGGCCGGGGCCAGGGCCACACAUCACCAGGCGGCGGCGGCGGCGCAUCAGCUGAUGCCACCGCCGCGCCAGCAUUACUCAUCGGCUUGAUUGGAGGAGGUUUUAUUUUAUUAUUAGU